AUGAAGUGCGUGAUACUUGCCGGAGGGCAUGGCACCCGGCUAAGGCCGCUUACUCUAACGGUACCUAAACCUAUGAUUCCAUUCUGCAAUCGACCUAUCAUAGAGUACCAGAUAAGUGCGAGUAAAAAGGCCGGAGUGGAUCACAUUAUACUAGCAAUAUCGGAAGAACAACGAGGAAUGGUUCCAUUGAUCGCGGAACUUAGCGAAAAGUGCAAGAUCCGCAUUGAUUGCUCAAUCGAGACAGAAUCACUCGGUACAGCUGGACCACUGAGGCAUGCUAAAUCGUUUAUAUGCGAUCCUGACGACGCUUGUGAGCUACUUCUGGUGCUGAACAGUGAUAUCAUCUGCAACUACCCAUUCGCCGAGAUGAUAUCAGCGCACCGAAAGAAUAAAGCGGACGCAACAAUCCUGGUCACAAAAACAACGCAUCCGAGUGAUUUCGGUGUCAUCGUCCACGACGAAACUUACCGAAUACAGGAAUUCGUAGAGAAGCCAACGGAGUUUAUCUCGAACCAAAUUAAUGCAGGCGUUUACGUCAUCAAUAAAAAGAUGAUAGAUCAUAUCCCUGAAGGAAACGUAUCCAUAGAACGCUACCUUUUCCCUACCAUGGUGACUAUGGGUCGUACCUAUUGCCAUCCACUCACAGGGUUGUGGGCUGAUAUCGGGAAACCGUCAGACUACAUUAGAGGACAGCAGCUAUACCUAUCCGGCCCGUCAAAUGAAGAGCAAGGGGUAAUGCUACGUUAUAAGGCCGAUGGUGGAGAAGAUCACGUGGAAGGUUCGCAGGUACUUGUCGAAACCAAGGGUGGGCUACUUGUCGAACUGCUUCACGAGACGGAUAAUUUUGUACCUCCGCCGUUAGGAGGAACAACAGCGGAUCUUAGUGCACUGUCUCAUAUCGGGGAGGAUGUAGUUAUACGGCCACCCGUGCUCAUACAUCCCUCUGCCCGUAUCGGACGUGGUUGCGUACUGGGACCAAACGUUUGUAUAGGACCGAAUACUGUUAUCGGGGAGGGUUGCAGGAUAGUCCGCACAACCAUUUUUGCUGGUGCCUGUCUUGAGGCUCAUGUCUACAUUGAGGGUAGCAUAAUAGGCUGGGAUUCGCACAUCAAGUCAUGGGUACGUGUUGAAGGUCUCACGGUACUCGGAAAGGACGUAGUGGUCGGGGAGGGACUCUUCCUAAGAGGGUCUAUAUUGUAUUUUAUGUAUUUCAAACAUGUAAAUAUGUCACUACUCUUUCUCAAAUGUGCACUAAUCGCACUAGUCUAUCAUGGAAGUUAUGUGUACGCGGCGCGAUCUCCACGUCCGGGAACUUACUUUCAUCUUGCUCUCGGUAUUAACCGCAGUAAUGUGUACUUCAAUCGAUUGGAGAAGGAGCUAGACAACUUCAGAAAAGAUCCACCGCCGAAUUGCAGUGUAGAGGUAUUCGGCCCACGUAAAGAAAUAUGGAUCGUAACUUGGACUGGGUUACCUGGAACUGUAUAUGAGGGCGAGAAAUAUCGACUCAAAAUACUAUUCCCCAAGGAGUACCCAUUUAAGCCACCGGUGGUCUACUUUUUACAACCAGCGCCAGUACACGCUCACGUCUACUCUAACGGGGAUAUAUGUCUGAGCAGUCUGCGAGCAGACUAUUUACCCACAGCAUCGAUAACGAGUUUUGUUCUCAGUAUCAUAUCGAUGCUGUCAACUGCUAAGGAGAAAAGGUUGCCGAUCGACAAUCACUUACGUAAGUGGAUGUGUCACGUACACAAUGAACUUUCAGACGCGGAGUUGCCACCUGGAUCGGCGGACGCUAGAUAUCUAUAUCACGAUGACAAAUGGCCAGUUGUGUCUCAAAUAAACCCUAUGCUUUUGGAAAUGGACGAAGAUCUGUUGAGCCUGGAGAUCGGCCUUCAGUUCCAGGAUUGGACACUGCAAACAGAGUACUUGGGAUUGGGUUAUGAUGCCGUGGAAAGCGCCCGCAAGUUAAGUAAACAGGAAAAUUCAGAUGAACAAAUCUCAUUCGAUACAAGCUAUAAAGGACCUAUUAUUCAGUUAGAGUGGCCGAGCCAUGAGGCUAGACGGUAUAACAAUUCCCUUAGGUGGGCCUUGCCGACUGGUGUUUACGCAUGGAGAGCACCUUCCUGUGUGAUACAUGAAAAUGACAUGAAAAAGAAGAGUGAGAACAUGAGCAUCAAACAGCUGUCAGCGAGCUUGAAUGCAAAGUUUAAUACAACUUCAGACGAUGAGAAAAACGUUGAAGACAUAAAAGAAGACAAAAAAAACGAACCUAUUGCAGAUGAAGAUGGUAUAGAUGCCCUGUUUGAUGACGCUGUUGAUAGUGCGGAAUCAAAGGGAAGUGGCGAUAAUACAGAAAUUACAACACCAGAUAAAAUUGACACAGAAAAGAGUCGAAAAGAGACAUCCCUGUCUGCUAAGAUCUCGCUAAAUAGUACCAUCAAUUCUACAAAGUUGACGGAUCAUAUCGGCAAAGACGCAUCAUGCACUGCAUUUAUUGCUGGCACAUCUCUAACUGGCCAAAGCCAUUUAACUCGUGGUUUUGAAUUGGCCCUCAACGACCUAUUACAUGGACUUAGAAAACAGGAACGGUGUACUCUGAGGUAUUAUAAUACCUCUCAGUGUGAUGUGGCGCUUUCUUUCUGGUACAAUUUCUUUCGCAAUUAUGGAACGCACGUCAUUACCCGAGUCACGCUAGGUGGUAAGGUGGAAUUCAGUCGAAAGAGCAACGAGGAAGAAAGUGACAAGCAACGGCAUCUGGCAGCGGAAGUGACGGGUCAAGCUGUGAACCCUUCAAACCGCAUAUCCGCCAAUUUGGAAAAAACAAAGAGCGAAUAUGAUAGACGAAGUGAGGGAUCAGUGACGCUUGAUAUGCUUGGCGGCAAACCACAUCGAAAACAUGAUAGGGGUGAAUUUGACGCCAGAUGGGCCCACAGUGUCGUUGACUACCCUAUGCCUAUAAACAUAGAAUUAACGCCACUCGCUCCAUUAUUCAAAUCGCCGGGAUACGAAGAACAUUACUAUCAGGCGUUAGUAUUAUAUUCUAGAAACGGUAGAGAUAUGAGUUCGAAGACGUGA